AUGGAAACAAAACGAAAACAACAUACGGGCAUCCAUGAAAUGUUUCAAGACGACAAUCCCAAUAAAUCAUUUUGUAUUGCAUUAAGUGAACAACGACGAGAAAGAGAUUGCUGUACAGUAUGUGUUAUGAUCGUGAUUAUCAGAAAGUUUAAAUCAGAAGAAGGCUAUUUAACUGCUAACAUUCAAGGCGAGGAAAGGAAGAAAAGUCAAUUGAAGUGUCGUUUUGGUCAUAUGGUGCGAUUGUCAGUGGCAACUAAUGUUGUUAGCGAAAAAGCAUGUGUACAAAUAUAUGACGGUCCUUUUAGAGACGAUCCAAUAAAAUUCAAAAUGAGUUUUCGCUUUUUAAAACAUCUAAUGGGUGUAUGUUCUGUGGAAUACUUUGCAAGAAUCAGACCACCUGAUGGAUUGGUUUUGGAAUGUUAUGAAGAAUCUUAA